GCAUCGGUUCUGGUGAACUCACUUGUGGUUUCUCUAGUUCAUUUCUUCUUUAUACAUAAAAUACACCACCUUUGUCGCUCACAAAGUGAAGUGGUUGGUGACUGCCCCGAUUGUGAGUAUGUUUGCUCGUCAAGUCAAACAUAUCAUGAAAUGACGGGGUCGCGAUAGAUAUUGUUGGUACUAGUUCAGUUCGGGUUUGGCGUGGAGACAGUUGUCUUCGAGUACUGCAACCCGUCCAACCAUGUUUACAGAAGUGCUGAUCUCCAUGCAUAGGUUCGCUAAUAACAAUUUCAGCACCCUUACGCAGACUAGGUUUUAUAGCGUGAUCCCGGCUUUGGCCAUCGCCACACUAACUGAUUUUUUAAUUACGGUGUCACUCUGCAUACUUCUCUAUGGCAAUGGCCCUGGCUCUGCACUCCCAAGCACGAAGCGUCUCGUGAAUAGGCUUAUCAUCUAUGCUAUUAACCGGUGUUUGCUGACUUUGGCAGUCGCCAUCGCAGAGCUCGCUGUGACUGCUUAUAAUCAAGAUACUUGGGGAAUGGGAUUGGAUUUCAACAUUGGAAAAUUGUACGCCAACUCACUUCUAGCAUCACUGAAUACCCGGCAAUGCCUUCGACACCAGGGCUCCAGCCCCAACUCGUUAGAUCUACGUAUGAGUACUGUCCACUUCGCAGACCCGCCAAAGCUUCCUGGGGACGUUGAAAGUUCUGAGGACAGGGAAAGGUGCUUCGAGGCGCCCGAGAUGGCCGUUAUCGACAUUACCUCCAAUCCAAUACCUGAUAAGACUAUGGCAUUGUGAAGAGAGAGAGAGAAGUGUAAAUCUAGUACUUCCAUGCCACGUCUGCCAUCCGGUCUUUUUCUCCACAACAGAAAACGAUGUACUGCUGGUUGAAAUAUCCCCUAUCUGCAAGCACCUCUUGUGGUAGCUUGUUCCAAGCUGCCCAUCUUCAAACCCAGCGUCAAAAUGGAGCCUGGUACUCCAAGCAUUUUGGGUGCUCGAUCCGGGUACUGCUGCACAUAUUCAGAUCAGCUACCAAUCCACUGGAAUACUAAUACAUGUGUAGUAUAAUUCUAUGCUUUGAAUCGCCAACGAGGAG